ACAAGAAGAAGAAUCGCGCAGCCACAACACUACCGACUAGCUAACCGUUAGCCCACCUGGCUAUGGAAGGAUGAUAUGUUAGUGAACCACAAAGUAUUGCAUCCUCAAUGUGAACAGAGGGAAGGGAUAAUAAAGCUACUCUGAUAACGUGUUUGCUGUAGAUGUCCAGAGCAACCAUCCAGGAUGUAUGCUGUGUACAGACAAGCCCACACCCCCACUGCGGUGGAGUUCUCCGUCUACUGCAACUUUAUAUCCAGCAAGGAGAAGAACUUGGUCGUCGCGGGAACCUCGCAGCUCUUCGUCUACAGGAUUAUCCACGAUGUGGAGAGCACAUCAAAGGCUGACAAGUCUGUAGAUUCCAAAUCUCGCAAGGAAAAGCUGGAGCAGGUGGCAUCCUUUUCUCUCUUCGGAAACAUUAUGUCCAUGGCCAGCGUGCAGCUCGUGGGAGCCAACAGAGACGCGCUCCUACUCAGUUUCAAAGAUGCCAAGUUGUCUGUGGUGGAGUAUGACCCUGGGACACAUGACCUCAAGACGCUGUCUCUUCAUUACUUUGAGGAGCCAGAGCUCAGAGAUGGCUUCGUACAGAAUGUACACAUUCCCAUUGUCCGCGUCGAUCCAGAGAACCGCUGUGCUGUCAUGCUCGUUUAUGGCACCCAACUUGUGGUGUUGCCGUUCAGGAAGGACACGCUGACUGAUGAACAGGAGGGUGGUGUCGGAGAAGGGCCUAAAUCCAGCUUCCUGCCCAGCUACAUCAUUGACGUCCGCGAGCUGGACGAGAAGCUGCUGAACAUUGUUGACAUGAAGUUCCUUCACGGCUACUACGAGCCCACACUGCUCAUCCUGUUUGAGCCCAACCAGACAUGGCCAGGACGUGUGGCUGUGCGUCAAGACACUUGCAGCAUCGUCGCCAUCUCCCUCAACAUCAUGCAGAAGGUCCACCCGGUCAUCUGGUCUCUCAGUAAUCUGCCUUUUGACUGCACACAAGUUAUGCCCGUUCCUAAACCCAUCGGCGGCGUGGUGGUGUUUGCCGUCAACUCGCUGCUGUAUUUGAACCAGAGCGUUCCACCGUACGGAGUUUCUCUCAAUACUCAAACGGCGGGGACCACAGCCUUCCCACUGCGUGUACAGGACGAAGUGAAGAUCACGCUGGACUGUUCCCAGUCUGACUUCAUCGCCUACGACAAGAUGGUCAUCUCCUUGAAGGGAGGAGAAAUUUACGUGUUAACCCUUAUUACCGAUGGCAUGAGGAGUGUGCGGGCGUUCCACUUCGACAAAGCGGCUGCCAGCGUCCUGACAACUUGCAUGGUGACCAUGGAGCCCGGCUACCUUUUCCUCGGCUCCCGCCUCGGGAACUCCCUGCUCCUGAAGUACACGGAGAAACUCCAGGAGACUCCACCAGAAGAGGGCAAAGAAAAGCAGGACAAAGAGAAAGAGAAGGAUAAAGACAAACCGGACGAACCACCAAGCAAAAAGAAGCGAAUGGAAUCUUCCACCAACUGGACAGACGAAGUGGAUGAGAUUGAAGUGUAUGGGAGUGAGGCCCAGUCGGGAACUCAGCUGGCCACCUACUCCUUUGAGGUGUGCGACAGCAUACUCAACAUUGGCCCUUGUGCGAAUGCCUCCAUGGGUGAACCCGCGUUCUUGUCAGAAGAGUUCCAGAGCAACCCCGAGCCGGACCUGGAGGUCGUAGUGUGCUCUGGUUAUGGCAAGAAUGGCGCACUGUCUGUACUUCAGAGAAGCAUCCGACCCCAAGUGGUCACCACGUUUGAGUUGCCAGGUUGCCACGACAUGUGGACGGUCAUCUCAAAUGAAGUCAAGGAAGACAAAAAAGCUGCGAAAGCCGACGAGGGAGAGGAGGGGGCUGAGACGGAGAACAGUGAGGAUGGUGAAGAGGGGGAAAAGGAGAAUGAGAAAGAGGAGGAGGAGAAGACGGAGCCGCCCAUGGAGGACGAUAAGAAGAAGCACGGCUUCCUCAUUCUAAGCAGAGAAGAUUCAACCAUGAUCCUUCAGACGGGUCAGGAGAUCAUGGAGCUGGAUACCAGCGGGUUUGCCACCCAGGGACCCACCGUGUUCGCUGGGAAUAUCGGUGACAACAAGUAUAUCAUCCAGGUCUCACCCAUGGGCAUUCGACUGCUGGAAGGAGUGACACAGCUCCACUUCAUCCCAGUGGACCUGGGCUCUCCCAUUGUGCAUUGCUCUGUGGCGGACCCGUACGUGGUGAUCAUGACUGCAGAGGGAGUGGUCACCAUGUUUGUGCUGAAGAUCGACUCGUACAUGGGGAAGACACAUCGGCUGGCUCUGCAGAAACCGCAGAUCCCCACCCAAUCGCGCGUCAUCACGCUGUGUGCGUACCGAGACGUGAGCGGCAUGUUCACCACUGAGAACAAAGUGAGCUGCUGUGCCAAAGAGGACAACGUGGUCAGGAGCCAGUCUGAGGUGGAGACCGUCAUCCAGGACCUCAGUAACACCGUGGACGACGAGGAGGAGAUGCUGUACGGAGACUCCAACGCCAGCGCAGCAGCAGCCAGGGAGGAAAUGAGCCGCGGCUACACGGGAACAGGUCCCUCUGGAAGUGAGGGAGGCUCGGGCAAAGCCGAGCCCACGCACUGGUGCAUGAUCAUCAGGGAGAGCGGUGUCAUGGAGAUUUACCAGCUGCCCGACUGGCGCCUGGUCUUCCUGGUGAAGAACUUUCCCGUCGGUCAGAGGGUGCUGGUCGACAGUUCCUCUGGCCAGUCGGCAACGCAGGGGGAGGCCAAGAAGGAAGAGGUAACACGACAAGGAGAGAUCCCAUUAGUCAAAGAGGUGACUUUGGUUUCCCUCGGCAACAACCACAGCAGACCGUAUUUACUGGUUCACGUGGAACACGAGCUUCUGAUCUACGAAGCGUUCCCGUACGACCAGCAGCAGCCACAAAACAACCUGAAAGUCCGCUUCAAAAAAGUGCCGCACAAUAUUAACUUCAGAGAAAAGAAAUCAAAGCCCAAGAAAGACAAGAAGGCCGAGAGCGGCGCUGCCGCCGAGGAGAGUCCAGCCGUGAAAAGUCGCAUCUCAAGGUUCCGAUACUUUGAGGACAUUUCCGGAUACUCAGGGGUGUUCAUCUGUGGUCCGUCACCUCAUUGGAUGCUGGUCACCUCUCGGGGAGCAAUGAGGCUUCACCCCAUGAUCAUCGACGGCUCCAUCGAGUCCUUCUCCCCCUUCCACAACAUCAACUGCCCCAAAGGCUUCCUGUACUUCAACAAACAGGGCGAGCUGAGGAUCAGCGUCCUGCCCACAUAUCUGUCCUACGACGCCCCAUGGCCAGUCAGAAAGAUCCCGCUGAGGUGCACCAUCCACUACGUCUCCUACCACGUCGAAUCAAAGGUGUAUGCAGUGUGCACGAGUGUGAAGGAGCCCUGCACUCGCAUCCCCAGGAUGACUGGAGAGGAGAAGGAGUUCGAGACCAUCGAACGAGAUGACCGUUACAUUAAUCCGCAACAGGAAAGGUUCUCCAUCCAGCUCAUCUCUCCAGUCAGCUGGGAGGCCAUUCCCAACGCACGGAUCGACCUGGAGGAGUGGGAACAUGUGACCUGUAUGAAGACGGUGGCACUGAGGAGUCAGGAGACGGUGUCCGGACUGAAGGGCUACGUCGCCGCAGGGACCUGCCUGAUGCAGGGGGAGGAGGUCACCUGCAGGGGCCGGAUUCUGCUCCUGGACGUGAUCGAAGUGGUGCCCGAGCCGGGCCAGCCCCUCACCAAGAACAAGUUCAAAGUGCUGUACGAGAAGGAGCAGAAGGGGCCGGUGACGGCUCUGUGCCACUGUAACGGAUACCUGGUGUCGGCCAUCGGACAGAAGAUCUUCUUGUGGGUGCUGAAGGACAACGACCUGACGGGCAUGGCCUUCAUCGACACCCAGCUCCACAUCCACCAGAUGUUCAGCAUCAAGAACUUCAUCCUGGCUGCCGACCUGAUGAAGAGCAUCUCGCUGCUGCGCUACCAGGAGGAGAGCAAGACGCUGUCGCUCGUCAGCCGGGACGCAAAGCCCCUGGAGGUCUACAGCAUCGAGUUCAUGGUGGACAACAACCAGCUGGGAUUCUUGGUGUCCGACCGAGACAAGAACCUUUAUGUAUAUAUGUAUUUACCUGAAGCUAAAGAGAGCUUUGGAGGGAUGCGUUUGCUGAGGCGAGCCGACUUCAACGCCGGGGCUCACAUCAACACUUUCUGGCGCAUGCCGUGCCGAGGAGCACUGGACGGCGGCAGCAAGAAGUCGCUGACGUGGGACAACAAGCACAUCACGUGGUUCGCAACCCUAGACGGAGGCGUUGGCCUGCUGCUCCCCAUGCAGGAGAAGACGUACCGACGCCUGCUGAUGUUACAGAACGCCCUCAACACCAUGCUGCCUCAUCACGCCGGUCUCAACCCAAAGGCCUUCAGAAUGCUGCACAGCGACAGGCGGAGUCUGCAGAACGCCGUGAGGAACAUCCUGGACGGAGAGCUGCUCAACAAGUACCUGUACCUCAGCACCAUGGAGCGCAGCGAGCUCGCCAAAAAGAUCGGCACCACUCAGGACAUUAUCCUGGACGACCUCCUGGAGAUCGACAGAGUCACCGCCCACUUCUGAGCCACAUUCCCCACGUUGCUUUGUUACGAUCGUCCCUGUGAAAAACCUUUAUUUGUUUGUUUUUCUUACUCGCCAGCCAAAAACAGAGGGCGGUUGUGUUUUUCUUAGAAUAUUUUGUAUUUAAAAUUUCAAAAAAUCAGUAAAUAAAAAUAAUAAUGACACAA